AUGGAUCUUGCGUCAUUGAAAGCUGAGAUUGAACGUAAGCGGAAAAAUGUCGAAUCGAUGAAUGUUUUACUACCGGAGAAGAAAUGUUUUCGUCGUGGUGAUCUGGAAGCGAAACACGAAGAAGCCUAUUGGAAAAACUAUCAAUCGAAAUGCGCUGAUCAAUCGAAUGCAGCAUCAUCGUCAACUAACAAUGCGACUUCGGAAGAAUCAGCUACAACAGCGAACGAACAUUUUACAUUACCUCCAAGAGUAGAUGUUAUAAAGAAAUUACGUGAACGAAAUCAACCGAUUCGACUCUUCGGCGAAUCGGAUAUCGAUUCGUACCGACGAUUGAGAUUGCUCGAAACAACUGAGCCUGAAUUGAAAGGUCAACGCAAUGAUUUCAAGACUGCUAUGGAUAAAAUCGAUCGUGAAUAUUUGGCUCAUAUUCUCAAUGCAGAUAAUCCGUCAGCAUUAGAAGAUAGCAGCAAAGAAAUCGAUGAAGACAAAGACAUGGGCCCGCCGCUUCCAAAUCAAACCGAAGAAACGAAAGAAGAUAGUGGAUACGACCUACCGGACAUCAUUGAACAGAUCAAAACGACACGGAAAGGCAACCGAGCUUACGAUUGUCAAGUUGUGUUGAAUUAUUUCAAAUUCAUCCUGAAAAAAUGGUCGCACGAAUUAAGCGAACGAGACAUAGAUGAGAAGAAGUCUGUACAAGGAAAAAUCGAAACAGCGCUGCAUUCUCAAACAUGUGCAUACAUGAAACCACUGUUUCGCAAGUUGAAAUCCAAUGCUUUGCAAGAUGAUAUAUUAGAAUCAUUGAUCAAUGUGGUCAAUUGUGUUUUGAAGAGAAACUAUAUUCGAGCGAAUGAGUUUUUCUUAGAAAUGGCUAUUGGCAAUGCUCCAUGGCCGCUCGGUGCUACUAUGGUUGGUAUUCAUCCACGUCCAGGUCGGGAGAAAAUUGCAUCGAAACAUGUGGCUCACGUUCUCAACGAUGAAACUCAACGGAAAUAUAUUCAAGCUGUCAAACGUCUUGUCAGCAAAGCACAAAAGCUCUAUCCGAACGAUCCUUCAAGAUGUGUCGAUUAUGGGCAACGUAAUGAUAAUGUAACGAUCAUUCCUACUGGACAUACUUAG